CCGGUCGACAAUUGUGAGAACAAAAAUAAAUUUUCCGGAAAGGCAUUUCCCAGCCUUUUCUCUUCUGCGUUGUGAGGACUUCUUGAAUCUGCCAUCUUCAUCAAGGACUUUAUCAAGCUCCUAACGAGUUUUCGAGUGGAGAAAUGGCAAGUCUUUAUAGAGGACAAUCCAGGAAGGAAAAACCUCGGGGACGUCAUCAUGGAUUAACUCAACAGAAGAGGCAGGAGAUUAAAGAAGCAUUUGACCUAUUUGACACUGAUCAGUCAGGCACUAUCGAUGCCAAAGAGCUGAAUGUUGCCAUGAGGGCCCUUGGAUUUGAGAUGACCGAGGAGCAAAUUAAUCAAAUGAUUGCAGAUGUGGACAAAGAUGGCAGUGGUGCAAUCGAUUUUGAUGAAUUUGUGCAUAUGAUGACUGCCAAGAUUGGCGAGAGAAACACUAAUGAUGAACUUACAAAGGCAUUCCAAAUCAUUGACCAAGAUAAAAAUGGGAAGAUAUCUGCUGAUGACAUAAAGUGCGUAGCAAAGGAGUUGGGAGAAAACUUCACUGAUCGUGAGAUUAACGACAUGAUUGACGAAGCAGAUCGUGACAAUGAUGGAGAAGUUAAUAUUGACGAGUUCAUGAGGAUGAUGAAAAGAACAACAUUUGGCUACUAGAAGUUAAUACAAUUUUACUUGUGGUGAAAGAUCUGUUCAGCUGAUGCUUGGGUAUGGUGAACUUUGUACAACAAAUAAAAAAAAGUCUUGACUCUUUACGAUUUGGCUAGAUUUUCAGACGCAUAUAUGUAUUUAUAUGAGAAGUAAUACUGAGUUGUUCUCAUAUUUUGUCUGACUUGGCUGUGUGGGGGGAUAUAUUAUUAGUUAUACUGCUAUGCUGUUGGUGUACUCAUAAAAGGAGAAAAGCAAGUGUAAUUUUUUUCUUUUGUGGUUUAUUUCCCAAUUGAUUUACGUUAACCAUGGGAUUUCACUAUUAAA